AUGGCGAAAGGCACAAUCUCCAAAGGGAAAAAGGGCCACUCAAAACACUCCCGCGCGGCAAGGCGCGCGGCCUCUCCCAGCAUCGACGUCGACAAGUCCCUUAAAGAAGUCCGUCCACCCCAGGAAUCAAUCGACCGACGGCCGGCUGUGCUUGCGGCGCACCACUCAGGUGGCGUGGCCAAGAAGGCCAAAAGUGGCCGGAAAGCGGUGCUGAGCUCCAAGGCACGGCGGCGGCAAGAAAAGAACUUGGGCCGCGCCGAGGCCGUCAUGGAGCGGACAGCACUCAAGGUGCAGAAGAGCAAAGGCCAUGCCAAAGUCAUCAAUUCGCGCAAGAAGACGUGGGAAGAGAUCAACAGAGAAGUGUUUGAGCGGGAGGAGCGGGCGGGGCUGAGCAAAAAGGCCAAGACCAAGAUGGAAGAAGAUGCCAUGGUGGCGGCUUUCUAUGCUGAUCAAGAUGGCGAUGCGCAGAUGGAAGGGGUGGCUGAAGACGAAGUGGAGAAGCCAAAUAAUGUCGAUGCCAUUUCCGCUCAGUCAGUGUCCGUGCCAGCCACAGCGCCUGUCGAGGCGGAGGAGGAGGAGGAGGAGGUUCUCUAG